AUGGAAGAAACUAAGAAACUGUCCAGCGUGAGCGAACGCUUGCAAUUGCUGCUGCGAGAGUCCCAGGAUAAUGAGACCCACCGCCGCGACACCGCGCCGGCAUCGGCGUCGGCAUCGGCGUCGGCGUGGGAUGCGGUGGUCGAUACGUUGGGAAAGGAAAAAUUGAGCGCGAGCGAGCCCGCAGAGGACGUGAACUCUUACUACACCUCGUUCGUACCGCACCGGCCCUACGCGGACUAUUUCGAUUUCGACGGUGGACAGAUCGACGUGGAUGGUCCGGGACCCGCAGCGGACGGUAAACCGCUUUCCACUACAGCGCCAUCGACGCCCAAGAUCGAUGGCGAGCAGGAGCCAGCUUUGCCCCCGUCGUCUCCGUCGGCGGCCUCGUCGCCCGCCCCGUCGUCCUCCUCCUCCUCCUCUUCUUCGUCCAGCUGUUUCCCGGAAGCAGCUGAAGAGACGGUCCAGCUUGUGCUGGACCGUCUCAACACUUACAAGGACGAGUUUCGGGAACUGAUUCACAAACUGGACGAGGCGUCGCUGGUUUCGUCGCAAAUCGCGAACCCAAGACGAGUGUUGGAACUCGACCAGCGUCCCGGAGCGGUCAAUUCGAUCGUCUCCGGGAUCCUGGGCACUCUGCAGUCGAUCCAGUUCGAUACGGUAAGCCGCAAACGGUCGAGAACUGAGUUUGAAGCUAGCAGCACGGAUCCCGUCCGGUCUCGCAUCAUCCCUGCCCGUGUUGUGGACUCCAAUAAGACUCCUGCUCUCAAAGACGUCGAGGAAGAUCCCUGCUACGGACUCGCCAACUUCGGAGUAGUGCUCAUCAAGUCUCCGACCACCGUGGCACAGCUGUGGAACGAAUACACCAAGCUCCCCAGCGAUUGGGCACUGCCCGACUGGUUCGAGGCCGUCGCCCAGCAACACACGCUCGAGUCCGGCGAGAUUCGCAGCCCAGCACAGCUCAUGAAGAGACGCACGUCGAUUCGGGACCUUGAGAAACGCUACGGUUCGUCCUGGAGAAACAACGACAAGAACUUUUCUCGCCAGGUGAAUCGGCGCAAGAAAGUAUGGCUGGCCAUUGAAGAGGGCUUGGAAGAUGGUAUUCCCUUGCAAGAGUGCUUCCGAUUACUGGAAUCCUACGUGAGAGAGCGUGGCAAGGGUUUGAGUUGGUACUACAACGGUGUUCCUUUCAAGUUGUUGGAUAUAAGGAAGAAGGGCCAUAAGCAUUAG